GAGGCGGGGGGGCGAUCAGCUGAGCAACAUGGCGUCGGCGGCAAGUAGGGUCGGCGGCCGAAUCGCCAGAGUUUUAGCGCCCUCGCGCUCGCACAGGCUCUGCAAGGUUCAAGUUUGCUUGCUGUCAACAAGUAUUCGACGUGAUGCCAGGUUUUAUGACAGCGCGCUGGAGGCCGUCGAUGAUAUUCCAUCAGGGUCGAAACUCCUUGUCGGUGGCUUCGGUCUCUGCGGCAUUCCGGAGAACCUGAUCGGAGGGCUGCUGGAGACCAAAGUGAAGGACUUGACGGUGGUGAGCAACAAUGCGGGAGUGGACAACUUCGGCCUGGGGCUCCUGCUGGCUCAGAAGCAGAUCAAGCGCAUGAUCUCCUCCUACGUGGGCGAAAACGCGGAAUUCGAGCGGCAGUACCUGAGCGGGGAGCUGGAGGUGGAGCUUACGCCGCAGGGCACAUUGGCCGAGCGGUGUCGCGCAGGGGGGGCUGGCAUCCCUGCCUUCUUCACUCCCACGGGCUUCGGCACACUCGUCCACGAGGGAGGGUCUCCCAUCAAAUAUGGAGAAGGAGGUGCAAUUCAGAUCCAGAGUGCCCCAAGGGAAAGUCGGAUAUUCAAUGGACGGAAUUACAUCAUGGAGGAGGCCAUUACUGGGGACUUUGCGCUCAUCAAGGCGUGGAAGGCGGACCGGGCAGGCAACCUUCUCUUUAGGAAGACGACACGCAACUUCAACCUGCCGAUGUGCAAGGCUGCCAAGACCACCAUAGUUGAAGUGGAAGAGGUGGUUGACGUUGGGGAAAUCCCUGAGGACAGCGUACAUGUCCCUGCCAUCUACGUGGACCGCAUCAUCAAAGGGGAGAAGUACGAGAAGAGAAUUGAGCGCCUUACCCUGCGCAAGGAGAAGAAGAAGAGCGCCGCUUCCUCCAACCCGGCCGUGGCCAUGAGGGAGCGCAUUGUGCGGCGCGCAGCCCUCGAGUUCAAAGACGGCAUGUACGCCAACCUGGGAAUUGGAAUGCCCAUGCUUGCCAGCAAUUACAUCCCUGAUGGCAUGAACGUGCAGCUGCAGAGUGAGAACGGGGUGCUGGGCCUGGGUCCCUUCCCUGCCCCGGGCGAGCAAGACCCCGACCUCAUCAACGCUGGCAAAGAGACUGUGACUGUCACGCCGGGGGCCUCCUACUUUGGCUCUGAUGAGAGCUUUGCCAUGAUCCGAGGUGGCCAUGUGGACCUGACAAUUCUUGGGGCCAUGGAAGUCUCACAGUUCGGUGACCUGGCCAACUGGAUGAUUCCGGGCAAGAUGGUGAAGGGCAUGGGUGGGGCAAUGGACUUGGUGUCAUCCCCCGGCACGAAGGUGGUGGUGACGAUGGAGCACUCGGCCAAGAAGGGCGGACACAAGAUCGUGGAUGCCUGCACGCUCCCCCUCACGGGCAAGAACUGUGUCGACAUGAUAAUCACAGAGAAGUGCGUAUUCAGUGUAGACAAGGAGAACGGCCUGACCCUGGUGGAAAUCGCUGACGGCGUUACCAUUGAGGACAUUGUAUCCAGCACAGGAUGCUUAUUCGAAGUGGCGGAAAACCUCAAGCCAAUGGGACAGAUUGACACUGCAGAUGAAUAAAAGGCUACCUAACUUUUGAUCUGACACUUUGAUUAACUAAUGAGGCAUAUUCGAGUCUGAGGCAUUGAUUAUAAAGGGAUGCACUAAUCCUUUUGCUAUUAUAGUUCUUUCACACCCAUACUAACAGCACAAUAAUUUUGCAUAAAGAAAGGAGUGCAGGUAAUAUAUCAUGAUAAUAAAUAAAGGUUUUAUUUGAUUUAAGCCAAGGAUUCCUUUUUUUUCUGGGAUCAUUGCCUUAGUCAUUGUAGUGGCAUUCAGUUUUACUCUUGUGUGACAUUAAUUUAAAAGCAAGUUUUUCUUGAGCUUACAUCAUGUGUUCAGCUUCAGUUGAUUGUCAGCACUGAAAACAAAAAAAAAAGGAAAAAAUAAAACAAAAAGCUUUGUCAUGAAAUUUAAGGUUUUCUUCCUCAAUUUACUAACAAGCCAACAGCUCAGUGAUGAAGGGGUUUCUUGCACAGACAUUUGGCUAGGACUGCUGUAGAUGCAGAGAGGUGUAGGUUUCUCUUGUCGCCCUCAUGUGAUUUGCCAGGACAUUUGAGCAUAGUAUCUGUUUAUCCAAAAGCCUUGUACAAGAUCCUGUAAGCUAAGAAAUCAUCUUUGAGACUGAGAUGUGCUCUAGUUGAGUAUUUAAUAUCUUUCCCAUGGUUAGGCUGUAAGGUCAGGCUUGGAAAUUUUUUGAUAAAUGGCAUUAAUAUUGGUGAUGGAAAUUUCAUUAUAGUUUUUAAGUUUAGCUUUUAUUCUUCAAGAGGCUUUAAAAUUAACAGAGGUGAAUGUUGGAGUUGUAUGUUAAGAAACAAGAAUUUUAAACUAAGCAGUAAGAAAGAUGAAUUAAGAAAUGGAGGGACUGUUCCAGAUACAUUAAGAGUGUACUGCAGGCUAUCCUAUGUUAAGGGAUAGAAGCAGAUAAUAUGGAGGUACCAAAGUUUGCCUUUCCUCACUGUGGCAGAACUUCUGGGUUUAGCAGACUAAAAAGAUGCGUGUACUGUAGAGUUAGCUGCUUGUCGUGGUAAUCAAGAGUGAAUAAUUCUUUGGCACUCCACCUACUGAUUGAGACUGUAGGUGGAGUGGGGUUGGUAUUGGUAGGUGGUCGGUAAUUUUUUGUUGUUGAGGCAUGUGCAUGCUGCCUGUCUUGAAUUCUGUGGAUGUUGUACAAGUAGGAAGCUGGAAUUAGAGAAUUAAAGAGUAAUGGAAAAGGUUACUGAGUUUAAAAGUAAAAAGCUUCAUUCUACAACAACAGAUUCUCAAAAGUAAUAUUGUAGUAGUGACUUUUGUGUUGCUUCUUGAGGAGCCACAGCAUCUUACCCGGUGACGAUACUUAUUAUGCUCGUGUCCAGAUGUGCCUGUUUAAACAGUGCAAUGAAGUUGUGAGGAGCCAGAUGAAGGAAAUAUCUUUUAUAACUUUAACGUUAUUGUUGUUACUCAGGUUUCCCUACAAUACAUCAAGGUACUUAAAAAUGAUACAAGCUCUGACAAAUGUGGAAAUUCGAUCACUGUCACAAACUCAUCAAUCUGGUCUCUUGUACCUUUAAGGUUAAAAUCAAGUAGGUAGAAAUUCUUUGCAUUUUCCAACAUAUCACAAAAGCCAAAUUAUGUCCAGCAGAUCACAGAUGAACACAGAUUGAAGUUCUCAGCAGAGCACACUUGCAGCAGAUCAUUGACUGUUGAGUGCAUUGCAGUUCCAUUGUAAUCAAUUGAUGUAAAUUUGAAAUUCAUUAAUGUGUAUAACUGUUAGGGAGUAGUGUAGGAGAAAUAUUUUAAUAUUGUAUAUAGAAAAAUUUGUAAUAAAAAUAUACAAAAUGUG